AUGGAUGACCAGGGAGGGAGCAGGCUGCAGCCUGCUCCCUAUGAGGGCGUCAACCCUCCCCUAUCGCACUACACCAUCCCCUGGACAUGGUGGACUAACAAACGAAUUAUCGACGAGCAUGUUCCGCCGCCCCUCUACCAAAGAACAGAGGAGGAUAUCUACAAGAUGUCGGCUGAUCCCAGACUCGUCCUUCCUAUCUCUAUCCCCCAGAACAACAUCGUAGCUGCGCUUAGCAGCAAGAUCAAUGAUGUCCUCAUCGAAAGUUUCAACAACACGACCCUCCAGGGCUGGAGCCGAAAGGACAGCAGCGCAGGCCUCCACGUCGAAUUCGGAAACAGUCCCCGUCCAGAUCUGAAAUUCGUGCGCGAGCUCGGGGGAAGCAAUGCGGUCGUUGUGGAGGUUGACUGCAACGGGACUCGCCUUGCGAAAAAAACGUAUGACCCGAAACGCCUAGGUUGGCUCCGAAGCGCGAAGGUUAUCGAUAUGAAAACGGAGAUUACUGCCCUGAAACGUCUUCGCCAUCGGCAUGUCAUCGAGCUUGUGGGGUCGUUUACUCAUAAUCGCGGCCACCCUCCGGAACCAGUACUAGAGGUUCUAUUGUGGCCAGUGGCGGCUUGCUCUUUGGAGAAGUUCUGUGAGGCCAUCGAAGAAGUCAGCGACCGCCAACUUUCUCAGAGGUACGACUACUCAGAAGAGUCGCUUCGACUCCUCCGGACAAUUGUACAGCUCCCCGACGAGACCGAAGAGCUAGAGGUUGCCACGCUAUUGAAGCGCGCUAUUCGCCGUCUCUACUCCAGCUUUGGCUGCCUUGCCGAGGGGUUGUCAUAUAUCCACGGGCAGGAGAUGCUGCACAAGGACAUCAAACCCUCUAAUAUUCUAGUCUACCCCAACCGGAAGAAGCUCUGCGAAUCGGACGAGGUGGAAACGCUGGACGGCAUUCGAAUUACGGAUUUCGACGGCGCUAAAGAUUUUAGUAGGCUCGGCUACUCGACGACGGGGGAUACUUUUGGGACCAGAACCUAUCUUCCCCCAGAGUGCACCCGUGGAAAGCGCCAAUGCGGCAGAGCGGCUGAUAUCUUUUCUCUCGGCUGCGUCUACUUUGAGCUCUUGAUGCUUCUCCCGCACUUUUACGGGCGACCGGAUCGGAGGAAGUACGAUCUCUAUUACCUCAGCAUACAGGCGAUUUCAGAGCAAAUGGAUGGUGUCUGCAACAGUGACUCGCUGGUGAUGGGCGAGUUGGCGUGGCUUAUCAAGAACAUGCUCCAGAAUGAACCUGAAAACCGCCCAAUCGCGAGGGAAAUCUCUCUGCACCUAAGACUCAUUAAUGAUCGCCUGAGACUUGGAUCUACGGAUGUGGAUGAUUUACAUUCCCUCUUCGGUCGUUGUUGUCAGGGAGCCCGUGUCAGUCCUGCGUCGGGGUGGGUUGGCACCCCUUCACCCUGGCUCCCCGCCCUUCCCUCCCUUCCCAACCUACCACACACUCAUUGGAAUAAGGGAAACGAAAGAGUUGAUGCCCCAGUAGCCACAGUCGACCCCCGGUUUGUUACCCAGGUGCUGAAAGAAAAGGCGGGAGGGGUGAAGGUGUGCGACAACCACUUCCUCCGGGGUACUUGCAGGUUUGCCAACAAUUGCGAGUUUAGCCACGAUGCUUCUCUGUCCCAGUACGACUUGGAAUUGUUGCGAGCAUCAAAGAAGCGAAUUCCCUCCGUGUCAACAUAUUACUACGGUAUUACUGGAUGA